UGUAAAAUAACCAAAGCACACUCGGAUAAAUACAUCAUGUUCUUGGGUCUUCCCCACUUACUGCAAUCAUGAGAGUGUUAAUAGCGCAUUCAAACAAACUUUUUCAAUGAAGUUGGUAGAGAAUCUUGGUCGAGAAUUAUUCAAAUCAAUUAGUAUUUUGAAAUCGUAGCGCAUGGCCACACAAACUCAAGAAUAUUUUGAUCAUUAAUAAUACGUCACUUCAAUAUUGAAUAAUUUGUUGAAAGUAGCCGGUUUUAAAAUUAAAAGUUCCAAGGUUCAUAGCCGACAAGUUUUUUUCUGUCUCUCGAGAAGAUCUUGAACGGGGAUCUGCUUGGAUAUUUUGUUUCGAGAGUCACAAUGAUGUCCCGGUCAGCCGCUGUUACUUUUAUUUGUUGUUACUUGUUUGCUUGUGUACGAGCCCAAGAAGGAGCCGAUUUAGACAGUUUAAUAGAUCAAGUCUUUACCAGACCAAAUCAGGGACAACCAAGUACCUCGGCACCAGUAACGUCAGCGCCUAGUAUUAAUCUUGAUCCCACCAUAGUAAGUAAUAAUGGAGAAGUAGGAGGACAAGGCGGAGAUGAUUGUGCCUGUGUAGCAUAUUAUCUUUGUAAUAAUGGUACUAUUAAUAAAAAUGGAGAGGGAGUUAUAGAUAUAAGGAUAAACGAAGGUCCCUGCGGCAAUCAAUACAUCGAGGUAUGCUGUAAGAAAGGCGAUACACUAGAAGAACCCGUAACACCACCACCUCCCACAGUACCAACAGGUUGUGGGUAUCGAAACACAAAGGGCACCGGUUUCAGAAUAACCGGAGCAAAUGAUGGAGAAGCUCAAUUCGGCGAAUUUCCCUGGAUGGUGGCCAUUUUGAAAGAGGAAGAGAUCGAAGGCAAUCCCGUGAAAUUGAACGUCUACCAAUGCGGUGGAGCUCUGAUCAAUCCUCAAGCUGUGGUGACAGCCGCUCAUUGCGUUGCUGGAAAGGGAAAAACGUUUAAAGUGAGAGCUGGUGAAUGGGAUACCCAACACGAAAAAGAAAUAUAUCCAUACCAAGAUAGAGAAUUGCAGUCUAUCGAGAUACAUCCUAACUAUUACGCAGGCGCAUUGUUUAAUGACAUAGCAGUUCUGAUUUUGAGAACCCCACUAGAUGCAGCUCCACACAUCGCUAACAUAUGUUUACCUCCACAAGGUGACGUUAUUGAAACCGGAAGAGGUUAUGCAACUGGAUGGGGUAAAGAUCAAUUUGGUAAAAAAGGAAAAUACCAAGUCAUACUUAAGAAAAUUGAUUUACCGGUAGUUUCGAGAGCUGCUUGUCAAGAGAAGCUUCGUACGACGCGUCUAGGCAGAUUCUUUGAGCUUCACGACAGUUUUAUCUGCGCUGGUGGCGAACCGGGUAAAGACACGUGCAAAGGUGAUGGUGGUAGUCCGUUAGUAGUCCCUGUCAGUCCCAAUGGUGAGAGAUACAUUCAAGCCGGUAUUGUAGCCUGGGGAAUUGGUUGCGGUGAAAAUGGUACGCCUGGAGUGUACGUCAACGUUGCGAAAUUCAGGAACUGGAUAGAUGAGAAAAUGCGGGGUCAUGGUCUCGAUACUUCAACUUAUCGAUAUUGAUAAAUAGAUAAUUGUACGUUUAUUUACUUUUAUACGCUUUAUUUUAAUACAGAUACGUUUUAAGAAGUUCCAUUUUAUUUAAAAUUUAGAAUUGGCCGCAAUGGACGAUUUUAAUCAGGAUUUUUGAUUUUUUUUUUAUAAUCUGAAUCAUAUUGAUUCAGUUGCAAAAUAAAUUUUAUUUCAAAUACACUUUCUUCUUAUGUAAAUCAUAUUUUUAAGGAUUCUAUACACGAUCGGCCAUAACGAGCCAUUGCAUAAUGGGCCAUCAUUGAUUCCAUCAUUGUGCUAUCAUCCACACCAUCGCCCGGGUUCUUUUCCUUUUCGUCCAUUGUUCAAGAUUGAACUUGAUGACGAGUUGGUUGCAGCUACUGCUAUUUCCCAACAAACAAUUAAUUGCCGGGAUAUUGUUGGCCUUUUGCUGUAAUUGAAGGAAAAAUGAAUGCGACGAUUAAAAAAUAAAAGCCUACUUUUGGCCUCUCGAUAGUGGCCAAGCAUUAUGUUGGUUGAUGAUUCCUUAUGGAGGGUAAUUAACUGUAUUGGAUAAAAGCAUGGUAAAAGUCAAAAAGACAUUUAACUGCUCAGACCCAACUCCAAUAGUCCAGGAAGCAUAUUCGGAAAACUCCGACACGUUAGACUAAUACGUCGGCGAUUUACGAAUACGAGUUAUCGAUUCAUUUAUGUACAAUUGGAUAUUUAUAUUAGUUAAAUUAAUUCAAAUUCAAAAAAGUCUAUUAUAUAUUUAGCAAAAGUAUAUACUUUUGAAAUUAUUGUCGCGUACUUAAUUUUUACAUUUAAAAAUUAACUUUUAUUUUUAUGGAGAAGAAUAUUUAAUGUAGAGGAGUAAUGCCAAAUUUGGAAUAUGUUCCUAAAAUGGAAUACCAUUAACUUAUUUUAACAAGCUAAAAAUUAAAAUGACGAUGUACCUAAUAUGGAAUAGUGUCGUGUUUCUAUUGCAAUGGAGCUAUGUCAGGGGUAGUGAAUACACUAUAAGACAUGUUUAGGUUGGUGCCAUGUAGACUGUUAUAGGGGUAGAAAACAAUAUAUUUUUCUAAAAGAGUUCAAAUACGUUCUCCUAAUAUAUCCGAUGCAAUUCUCUUAUGUUAACUGAUUUGUUUUUUCAUGAAGCAUAAAGUAAUAAAACGUUUUGUGUAAAGGUCCUGUUUUAUUUUUUCUUGAAGGGAUUUAUUUCGUAUUAGGUACGAAAAUAUAAUUUUCUAUAAAAUAUUUUUCUAUGACUCCUGUAUAAUAGAUUUAACAUUAUGAAUAAUAAGUUAUUGUUUUCAAAGAUGUAAAGAAUUUAUACAAAAAAAUAAGGGAUGUUAAUUAAGAAGAUAUUCUGAAUUUAAUAUGUAAACAAAAAACAAAACGAUAUUCCAUAUUUGGCUAACUUCCUCUGUCUAAAUACUGAUUUAAACUACUUCUUUAAAUUUAAUUUAAUUUUUGACUUAUUACCUCCUAAUCCCACAUUAUUUUCGACAUUCGUCGCCAACGAAUGAAGUGCUUUUGUAACUCUAUUUCAAUUAGUUUUCUUCCACUGCAAAUUGUCUUUUUUUCUCCCAGUAUUGUCUUUCUGCGACUAAUGAACGUAUCUAGGUUGUACUGAUAUAUACUUUCCUCUUUUUAGUGUACCUAGAGUUCUUUUCCUUUUACACAACAAUAAAUUAAAAAAUAAUCUGAAUAGAGAUUUGCAUAUACCUAGGAAAUAGAAAAGGGAAACUAAAACUAAAAUUGUCCUGUGAUGAGUGAUGAUUGAUGUUCAGUAAACACACAUUUCUUAUUUCAUAAAUCGCCAACGUAUUAGUUCUAACACGACGGGAUUGUACGAGUUUGUCAUUCACGGCAUCGAACUCUUCCGAGUGUCUAACGUAUCGGCGGUUUCCGAAUAUGCGUCCAGGAAGGGCUCUGUCCCGAGUUCAUAAAUGGAGACACCGAUGAUCGCUCGCUAUAUACUCAACGAGUGGACAUGUACUCUGGCGUCUCGGUUUGUUGGUAUCCACUCAGUAUUCAUGGGAAUUUCUUACUUUUAUAUGUUAUUUAGAAUAUUUUAUGAAUAUACUUUUUG